AUGCCUCAGACGGUAGGCAAGUAUGACGGGUUAGGCGAUCCAGAUGAUCAUCUCAACCUAUUCAAAAGUGCAGGAGAAGUAGCCUGUUGGCCUAUGCCCCUUUGGUUCAAGAUGUUCGUCCAAACGCUGGUGGGCGCGGCUUGCGUUUGGUGGGAUAGUCUUCCCACGGGGGAAAUUGAUAGUUUUGAAGAUCUAGAGGCUAAGUUUAUCUUACAAUUCAGCCAACAACGCAGGCACACAAAAGAUCGAAACGAGCUCCUCCACAUUCGCCGGCGAGACAACGAAACGGUGGAAAGUUUCAUCGUUAGGUUCAAUAAAGAAAGCCUGGCAAUCCCGGGCGUUACAAACGACCUAGCGUGUGGAGCUUUCCUACAAGGAGUAAACGAAGAUGAGUUAUUAAGAACACUUCAUGGAAGGGAUGGUGUACCUCCCACCAUUGAUGAAAUACUAAGGAUCGCUAAAGUAUAUGUUAUACAAGAAAAGGCCGUGGCAGCCAGUCAUGCUGCCAACAGGAAGAAGCAGGCUCUGAAAAACCAAGAAGAGAGAGAGAGUAACGAGGUUCUAAAGGUAAGGGUAGGGGAGACCGAUACCAAAGGAGUGACAGGACGGAAUCGCGGUAUGACAGAUCCAGAAACACUUAUUCAAGGAAUGAGUCCUCCAAACCGCGAUCCGACUACCCCAACCUAA